GCAUGCUCCUCUCAGGGCAGAGGUCUUGCUGGCUUGCCACUGAGAACAAAGCUCCCUUUGUCUGGCCGCCUGCGCUGAAAGGACACCAAACCGGGCUUCCUUUCAGCAACAAACCCCCGUAUCUUCUUUGGGACUGAACAAACAGCAGAGGGGCUUAUUUAAACGCUGAGUGCUUCUCAUCUCCAGGCAGCAGUUUUAAUGCUCUCCUGUUUAGAUAAAAUCAAGCUGGAGGGUGGGGUGAUGCAGGAGGCCCCGUGAAAGUAGGCUGGUGGAGACAAAAGCAGGGAAGCCUGGAUAAGUAUGCUCAGGCCAAGGGGCCAAGCAGAUGCUGAUAGCAGGCCAGGCGAACUGGCUCCUUUGCCCCAGGCAGCCGGGUGAACAGACACAGCGCAGCCCCUGCACUUAGGCAGCCAGCGAGGAGGAUGCUGAGGGAUUUCUCUCAGCCUUAUUACAGCCUGAAGGCACAAUCCUGUGCAUGUUUGGAGAGAACUCUAAAUAUUCAUAGGAUGGGGCACCCUUUCUGUCAAUACUGAGCCACAGGAGAGGCAUUUCCAUCUUUCAGAAUUGGCAGGGGGAGCUGCAGAAGAGCCCGGAAGCCACCAAUGACUGGUGUUGGGCAAAAGGGAGAGGGGGAGGGGGAGGAAAAGAGAAGAGAAGAGAAGCGCUUGGAUUGCAAGGCGGUUGCUUCGGGUAAAGCAAUAACCCACCAGUGGUCCUGUCCCACAGACAUGGGCUGUGCCUCCUUGUCCUCAGAAUCCCUUGCUGCCUCUGGAAGGUCCGAGGGCCAGAGGGUAUGGCAGGCCUCUAGGCAGGAGGAGGGGCUGGUCUUUGCUCGGCUUGCAGCCUUUUACCCCUUGUGCUCCAGUGUGCUGGACUCGAAGCACCAGGCAUAGCCAUGUGCUGCCUGAUCGAGGCGCCACUCGCUCCACCAGGUCCUGCCCUCUUACUCCCAGGCCCCACUUCCUGCCUCUCAGCCUCACGGGACCUUGAGAUUCAUCACCUGCAUCGCAGUAGCAAACCUGAUACUUUCUGCCACUCUGAAGCUUUCUUCACAGUGGCCUGGCAGCAGUUGCCCAACAUGCAUCUGAUGGCAGCCUAGCCCCAAGGUUUCCAAACGGCGUUCCAAGAAACCCUGUGGUUCUGUGGAAGUGCAUCAAAGUUACUCAAUAAAGCAGCUUGUCUGCUUUUGCUGACCUUCCUCCUGUAAAAGUACACUAAUUGAGGAAUUCAGGCUGUGUUCCAGCACACCACUGUGGUUCACACAAAACAGGACCAACCCGCAUCCAUGGAAAGUGAUCCUGUGCUUUGGAAUACUUCCCACAGUCCCCACGACACUGUGCCUCAGUAUCCCCAAGGGGUAUACUGGACUAUUAAAAGUCCAGUUUUGCCAGUGUGUUAAAUAUGCACUUUUCCCAGAAUGGAAACAUGUCUGUGUAACAGCUGGGUUUUAUAUUUCCAGAAUGAGUGUCCAACAUUAUUACCUUUCUGGUUCUAGCAGUCCUCUGGACAGCUGCAGGUGUGGGCACCCCUGUUCCACUGAGGCUCAUCUGAAUAUCCACAGACCCCUCCUUGCCCCACUUCAUUGUGGGACUCUGAACAUACAGGUACUGAUUUCACCAGGAAGCAGAAAUCUGCCCCCACCCCCAUGUUUGCAAACUCUUCACUGAAGUUUUUAAAAGCUUGCUCAAUCUUUUGUCAUUUUGGCCAGCUUCAUAAAGGAAUUACACUAACAUGGAUUUUGGAAUCUUUUUUUUAAAGGCAUGGGUGGAAGAAUAAAUGCUUACUCCUCAGAGCUCCAAAGGGCACACUGGCAUAUUAAAGAACAAAGAGAAAGAGAGGAUGAAGGAGAGCAAAGACAAAGAUGCCCGCUACACCAACGGGCACCUCUUCACUUCCAUCACCGUCUCUGGCAUGACCAUGUGCUACGCUUGCAACAAGAGCAUCACUGCCAAAGAAGCGCUGAUUUGCCCCACCUGCAAUGUCACCAUUCACAACCGCUGCAAAGAUACUCUGCCCAACUGUACCAAAGUCAAGCAGAAGCAACAAAAGGCAGCCCUGCUGAAGAACAAUUCAGCACUUCAGUCGGUGUCCCUGAGGAACAAAACAGCCACCAGGGAGCGCCCCAACUCUGCCAUCUACCCCUCGGAGAGUUUUCGCCAGACCUUGCUGGGGUCCCGUCGGAGUCGGCCCUCGCUGUCCCUUUCCAAAAGUGUGUCCACCACAAACAUUGCAGGGACAUUCAGUGAUGAAUCCGCCCUGGGCAUCCGGAGGAUCCUGUCCCAGUCCACCGAUUCCCUCAACAUGCGCAACCGAACACUCUCAGUGGAAUCCCUCAUUGAUGAAGGAGCUGAAGUCAUUUAUAACCAGCUGAUGAGUGACUUUGAGAUAAAUGAGAAAGAUUUCGAAGCCGAUUCCUGGAGCCAAGCGGUGGACAAUCAGUUCUUGCAGCAGCACAAGAAGGAGGUCAUGAAGCGCCAGGAUGUCAUCUAUGAGCUGAUCCAGACGGAGCUGCACCAUGUCCAGACCCUGAAGAUCAUGACCAACCUCUUCCGCAAGGGCAUGCUGGAAGAUCUCCAGAUGGACAUGGCCUUGGUGCAGAGCAUGUUCCCUUGCGUGGACGAGCUGAGUGAGAUCCACAGCUGCUUCCUCACGCAGCUCCUGGAGCGCCGCAAAGAGUCCCUGGCCACGGACAGCAGCAAGAACUUUGUCAUCAACCGGCUGGGAGACAUCCUUGUUCAGCAGUUUUCAGGCACUAACGCAGAGCAGCUGAAGAAGGCCUACUCAGGGUUCUGCAGCCGCAACACCAAGGCGGUGAAGCUGUACAAGGAGCUCCUGGCACGGGACAAGCGGUUCCAGCUCUUCAUCCAGAGGCUGACCCGGUCGUCCAUGCUGCGGCGCCACGGCAUGCAAGAGUGCACCCUCCUGGUCACCCAGCGCAUCACCAAAUACCCCGGGCUGAUCGACCGCAUCUUGCAGAACUCCAAAGGGAACGAAGCGGAUCAGCGGGACCUGAGCACCGCCCUUACCUUGAUCAAGGACCUGAUUUCCACCAUCGACCAGGAGGUGCAUGAUUACGGGAAGAACUCGAGGCUGCAGGAGAUUUACGGGCGGGUGGACGGCCGAAGCAAGCCCUCGCUGCCCCAGGAGUGGGGCUCUUUCUACAAGGAUGAGAUGCUGAGGCGCAAGCUGGUGCACGACGGCUGCAUGCUCUGGAAGACGGCCACUGGGCGCUUCAAAGAUGUCCUGGUCCUGCUGAUGACAGACGUGCUCAUCUUCCUCCAGGAGAAGGAUCAGAAGUACAUCUUCCCCACCCUCGACAAGCCAGGGAUCAUCUCUCUGCAAAACCUGAUCGUGCGUGAUAUCGCCAACCAGGAGAAAGGCAUGUUCCUGAUCAGCAACACUCCCCCGGAGAUGUACGAGGUGCACACUGCCUCCCGGGAGGACCGCAACACGUGGAUGAGGCUCAUCCAGCAGGCCGUCAAGCUUUGUCCAGACCGGGCCGAUUUCCCGCUCAUUGAGACGGAGAGCGAAGCUUCUCUGCGGAAACUGAAAGAUAAACUUCAGCAGCGCGACCGGGAAAUUGCGGAGCUGCUGGAAGAGAAAGUGGGGCUCUUUGCGGACGUCCUGGCGCUGCAGAGCGGCGGCGAGAACGGCCCCUUGCCCGGCGUGAGCCCCCGCACCCUUUUCCGCACUGAGUCGGCGGACAUCCCCCGUGGGGAAAAGCUGAUCCAGGAGGCCAUCAAAGAAGUGGAGCUGCUCAAAGACCUCUUCGUGGGACCUGGCUGGGACCGAGAGCAGAAUCACACGCAGGCUCCCCACAGCUGCCCCAGCCACGCCACAGAUGGAGAGACUGGGAACAUUAAUGGCUCUCUUGACUUUACCAGGGUUGAGGCGGACUCAAACCAGCGGGAUCGGAACGGGAACCAGCUGCAGCCGAAGGUGCCACAGGAGGAGGUGCUGCCGCGGCUCAAGACGCUCUACUCCCUCCUCCAUGGCCUGCUGGGAAUCGUGACCCAGCAGGACACGCUCCUGGAGCUGCAGCUGCAGGAGGUGGGGGAGCGGCGGGAGAGGCUGAGCCGGACCAACUCCCGCAAGGACGCCUCGGCGGCGGACCGGCAGGCCUCGGACCUGUCGCUGCUGCAGCGGCAGCACACGCUGCUGCAGGAGGAGCUGAGCCGGUGCCGGCAGCUGUGCCAGGAGAAGGUCCAGGAGGCGGCGGCCCUCGAGGCGCGGCUGCGGGAGAGCGAGCUGGAGCGGGCCCGUCAGGAGCAGGAGGCCGAGGAGGCUCGCCGGCAGCUGGCCGCCCAGCGGCAGCCCCCUGAAAGUCUCUGGGUCCGGAAGGGGGCGGAGCCCCGGAGACGCAGCUUGCCGGCUGGCGACGCGCUGUACCAAAGCUUCACCCCGCCCCUGCCAAGCCGGGCAGGCGAGCCCCUCUCGCCUGGGUGCCACUCGCUUCACCGGACCUUUGCCAGCUGCCAGCGGGAUGAGGUUGCUUACCAUGGCCUGGCGGGCCACUUGCAGGAAGGAGACGCGGACCUAGAGGCCCUCUCGGGGGACGGAGGGGUGCUCAACCCACAGUCUCCACCUUCCAGCCCACGAGAUUUCCAGAGGAUGCAGGACAUCCCAGAGGAGGUCGAGAGCAUCCAGGAACCAAAUGUUGGGGACGGCAGCCCCUUGGACACUUAGAGGGUGCGGAGGGGUGCCCGGCCCCUCCCCGCCCAACGUUUUCUCCAAUCAGAACCACGCUGUGGAACUUCAGGGACUCGGAAAGGCCACACCAAACCAACUCUGGAGUGGGCUGUGGGCAGCUGAGAGGGAAGGUUGGAGGAAAGCCACGUCCCGAGAGCACCGGGCCACACGCGGCCACCGGCUCGCCCCGGGGAUGAUUGCUCGACUCGUGGCCUUUCGCAUUCCUCAAGGAUGGACUGCGUAGGGCACCUCUUCCCGUGGCCCCACUGCUUGCCCCACAGCUCCAUGGUAGGGGGUGGGGGUGGGGGUGAGAUCGGGUACUAGAAAGGCCAUGAGACUGCAGAUCCCAGCCCGCCUGGCUCCUACCCUGCUCCAAUGCAAUCUAACUCUAUUUAUUUUGAGAAUGGGGGGAAGCUGCCCCAUCCUUAAAUUAUUGCUUUGGGUUGUUUUUUAUUUUCCGUGGACUCUGUGAGUAUGUGGGCAUCACAUGUUCGUUUCCUGGAAAGCUCUUGCGUUGUGAAACGUCAAAGAGCAGAUCUGUGAGCCAAGGUGGCCCCUGUGAGUUCAGCUCAUGGAAUCCGUACACUGUAUUCACGCCCACACCGCACCUGUGGGCCUGGCGCAUUGGAUCAGCGGACACCGACUUGCUGCGCUGCUUCUUUGCCCAUCAGGUGAGGGAGCAGCAAACCCCGGUAGUCCUCUUCACCUGCACGAGCACCUCUCCCGCAUUCGCACAGCGCGGCAAGUCCGAAUUCUGGCCUGGCACUCAAGCGCCGGCGCGCGUGUCCUCCUUUCUUCCGCUCGGCUUCUCCCGCAAGCUGAUCCCAGACCUUCCCUCUGUGCUUUGUUCAUCGUGCCGAGUAAACCAUGGGAGAGAUGCGCCCAGGACGCAGCUUUGCCUGCCAGGAUGAAUGACCCGCAGAUGAAGGUUCCCCUUUUUCUUUCAGCUUGCCAGGGGCCUGUGAGCCGGCCCACUCUAGGCCGAACCCCUUGCUUCUCAUGCUGUGCGGAUGCAGCUUCGCCAUGCUCCCUCGCCCUGCCCCAUCCUGCCCCUGGCGUGCGCCUCCCAGGUGUGCGCCUCCCAGUAUGUUCUGUGGAGGAGCUUCGCUUCGCUUCGCUUCAGUUACACGCAGCACCAAGGGCCUGCAUCCUCUGGCCACUUCUCUGGGGACCUUCCAUCUUCCCAGUUGGCGAACCAGCUGUCCCCGGGACGGCGCAGUGGCCGUGUCUUGGGCGUGGGGUUCCCCAAAGGCCGUCCUGGCGCUGCAGUUCUCGGAACUGGUGCCAGCUAGAGCAGGCGAGGUCUGAAUCGCCGAGACGCCCUCGGACACCUCCGUCGGUGCUGAUUUUCCUCUGGGAAUAGAGCGAGCUGCCCUGGUUGGGGGUGGGGGGGGGCUUUCCAGGCAGGAAAGUGACGAAAAGCCAGUUUUCCUCAUUUUGGGGCAAUGAAAGGCUGAGCGAGGAAACGCACUCCGCGACGGCGGCAGGCGUGCGGCCAGGGCCGAGCGGCUGCUCUCGGCUGAGCACUUCGGUCCGCGUGGCGAACGCCGCCUGCCUUCAGGCUUUGUGAAACGUGCCGCCAACACACCUCCCAGGAGCCAGUGUCAGGGAUGAUGGGAACUUCCCAGGUUGUACGUCGAUUCUGCUUCAUCGUUCUGUGGGUGAUGGGGGUGGGGGGGAGAAAACGCUGCCAGGAAUAGUCUGGGCGGGGAGUGCCACUAGGAAGAGGAGAAGCCCAACUUUCCUUUCCGGGGUAGACAGAACAGCGCAGGAAAGCACGACAGGGAGCUUUAGGGGCUCCAGUGCGUGGCCCCCCAGACGUCCCUGCCAAGCCCAGUGUGGAGGUGAUGGGAACCGGGGCCUGGCCUGUUGGUUCCUUUUUUAACUCCGUCUAGCAGCGUCGCUUUUUGCCCCAAAGUCGGAGCGUGUUUCCUUUUGCUUUUGUUGAAUGACUGCCAAGGGGCUUUGAUCCAAGCUUGCCGCGACCGAGCGAGCGUAAGACUUGCCCCUAGACGGACCCUGAGGGAAACCUGCGCCAUGGCAGCCCCCAUGUGCCCCCCAUUUAAAGAAAACAGGAGCAGAGGGAAAGCAAGUCACUGCCUUGAGUGAAGAGGCGCCUGCCUUGGUCCAGUCCAUUUGGGUGACACCCAAGGGAUGCCCCAGAGCCAGUUCAGGCCGGAAAAAAAAGUUUGCCAGGUGUGAGUCGUACGAAAGAAGUUUUUGUACACAUUGCAAAUGAACCCCCCGGCUUAAGAAAAUGGGACAAGAUCACCCCCCCCCCCCUUUCAGCUGUUUUCAAGUUUCAGUAUCAAGUUUCCAGCAAAAUCUCUGCGCUUUUUAGGGAAGACUAUGUGAGUGAGUUAGGAAAAAAUAAGGUUUGUUCUAGGAGAAGCUGUUUCCCUUCUCAAAGGCUCUUCUCUUUCUGGUGGCAAAUUCAUCUCUCUGCAAAAAGAAAACCUGGUGGGUGUUCUCCCCCCCACCACACCCCCAAAUUUGAGGGAUAUUUUCUGUCCCCCUUCCCCAUUUUUUGAAAUUACAAAUCAUCCUAUAAAAAGGGGUUUUUUUUCUUUAAUCCUGCUGUGCUUGACCAAUAACACCUCUACAUAGAAAAGGUUAAAGAGGAGAGAUUGCUAUAAAGGACUUUUUGUCUUUAACGCACGGGGCUCUUGUUUUUUUAUAAAUAUAUAUGAAGAGAGAAAAUGGUUUAUUGUUUCCUGUUGAUUUAACUUGUAAAAGAAAGGGGGAAAAGGUUAAUUAAAGAUAUCAAAACUGA